AUCGAUAUCAGAGCAUACAUGCAAUUAUAUAUAUAGGACUGGAAAGCUAGUUAAUUAGCUUGUCAGUAUUCACAUAUUAUAUUAUAUAUCGUAUUUUACAUAAUUCAUAUAAAUACAUUAUGCGCAGCAAUAUCAAUAUUAAUAUGGUGACAGUACUAGUAACGGAACAAACUGAGGGCGGUUCGUCUGGGAGAGCAGCGGUGAGGAAAGGCGCAUGGACCAGAGAAGAAGACGAUCUUCUUAGGGAUUGCAUAGACAAGUAUGGUGAAGGGAAAUGGCAUCUUGUUCCUUCUAGAGCUGAAUUGAAUAGGUGUCGGAAAAGUUGUAGAUUGAGGUGGUUGAAUUAUUUGAAGCCAGAUAUCAAACGGGGAGAAUUUACAGCGGAUGAGGUUGAUCUUAUUCUUAGACUUCAUAAGCUUUUAGGGAACAGAUGGUCUUUAAUUGCCGGUAGAAUUCCAGGAAGGACUGCCAAUGAUGUGAAAAAUUAUUGGAAUACUCACUUGGGAAAGAAGGUAAUGAGGUCGUAUGAUAAACUCAAACACGUUAAAAAGAAAGAUGAUGACAAGUUUAUCCUGAAAUCCAACAUAAUAAAGCCUCGUCCUCGGACCUUCAAAAACCAAUUAGCCUUGAUGAAUAAUAGUUACACUGCUACUACUAUUGAAAACAAAAAUAUUGGCUCUCCACUACCACCACAUGAUGUUUAUACACUUACCAAGCCUGGCCAUGUUCUAGAGAAAAAUAAUAAGAACUCGGGGUGGGAAAGCCUAUUAGACAUGAUCAACAACGAGAAUCAUGAAUUUAUGAACCCCAUCAGCAAUACUGGUUUAGAUGAGGAAUAUAAUUUUGCAAACUUCUCCGAAUUAGGAUUCGUUUCUCAUCAACCUUCAAACUCAAAAAUCAAGGACAGUACUACUAAUAACAGUAGUGUUUUUCUCACAGAUAGUUACCAAAAUUGCUCGACGGACUUUGCCAUGGACAUGGACCUUUGGGAUCUUGGAAUCGCUUCAAAAGACAAGGAAAUGAAGUAGUCUAAAGUACUACUGUUAAGAAUUUCACAUCACUAUAUAAUAUAUAGUGAUGUAAUUAACUGAAUAAAAAAAAUCUCUUAAUUAAAUUUUAUUGUACUCAUAUAUUAAUUUGCAUGUUCUGUCUCUGUACUUCGCUCAUUUAUUAUUUAUUUUAUAAUCUCAUUAUUGUCAAUAGCUUAUUUAUUGUGUGUCAUAUAAAAGAUUCACAUAAAAGGUUCUGACAU